AUGUGUAUGAAAGAUGAGUACAUGUUCCUGACAAUUAUAAUACCUGGUCCCAAGAAUCCGAAAGAGAAGCUUGAUGUGUACAUGCAACCAUUAGUGCAAGAAUUGAAAGAACUUUGGGCAAUUGGUGUGAAUACUUACAAUGCUUUCCAGCAGAACAAUUUUACUAUGCGUGCUGCAUUAAUUUGGACUAUAAGUGACUUCCCUGCUUAUUCAAUGCUCUCAGGUCAUCGGAAGUUCUUGCCUGACGACCACCCUUUCCGUCGAAACAAGAUAUCUUUUAUUAAAAACAGAAGUGUAUCGAAGUCAUCGUCGCCAAUUAGAACUGGGGAAUACUUGCUAAAAGAAAUUGACCAAAUUGGGUUGAGGCGGGUUAUAGACAUUGAUAGUCAUGAAAUAAAUUGUCGGCUUUCAAAAAGAACUGGUUGGCGUAAACGGAGCAUAUUAUGGGAUUUGCCAUAUUGGUCUUCAAAUAUGAUUCGCCACAAUCUUGAUGUAAUGCACAUUGAAAAGAAUGUAUUUGAAAAUAUUUUUAAUACAGUUAUGAAUGUGGAGGGGAAGACAAAAGACAAUAUAAAAUCAAGGGAAGAUUUAAAUGAAAUAUGUAGGAGACCAGAAUUGAAGAAAGAUCCAAUUAGCGGAAAAUAUCCAAAAGCAUGUUAUUGUUUGGAUAACCAAUCGAAGAUGAUACUGUGUGAUUGGCUUAAAACACUCAAAUUCCCUGACGGAUUUGUUUCCAAUCUAGGGAGAUGUGUUGAUAGUCGGAAGCUUAGACUUUUUGGUAUGAAAAGCCACGACUGUCAUGUUUUCAUGCAACGAAUUCUUCCUAUAGCUCUCAAAGAGUUCUUACCAAAUAAUGUUUGGCAACCAAUAACAGAGCUUAGCAAUUUCUUUAGAGAACUCACCUCAACUACACUUACUAAUGGGGACAUGCAACGGUUAAAUGAACAAAUUCUUGUGAUCCUUUGUAAGCUUGAACGAGUUUUCCCUCCAAGUCUGUUUGAUUCAAUAGAACAUUUACCAGUACACCUUGCAUAUGAGGCAUUAAUUGCAGGACCAGUACAAUAUCGAUACUUGAGAAAGUUAAAGAACAAUGUCAAAAAUAAAGCAAGGGUUGAAGGUUCAAUAUGCAAUGCUUACUUGGUAGAAGAAGCAGGUGCAUUUUCUGCUCAUUACUUUGAAGCACAUGUAAUGACCAGACAUCGAAAGGUUCCACGCAACUUGCAUGAAUUUGUCUCUGAUGAUGACAUACCGGGUAAAUUAAGCAUAUUCAAAUGCACAGGUAGAACUAUCGGAAAAGGAAAAUCUAGAUAUAUGACUGAAGAUGAAAUCCAAGCUGCUCAAACAUAUAUUCUAUUAAAUUGUCCAGAGGUGAAAACAUAUAUUGACAUUUAUGUGGAGCGAGUAAAGUUGGCACAACCAAAUAUCACAGAUGCAGCUGUUGAUGAAAAACUAGAGAGAGAGUUUGUCCAAUGGUUUUACAAGUAUGCCCAUGAAUUGCAAAACAAUGUACAAAAUCAGCUUAUACAAGAUCUGGCAAAGGGACCACUCAGAAGUGUCACCACUUUUAAUGGGUAUUGUGUUAAUGGAUGUAAAUUCAACACAAUCAAUAGAAGUUCAAGUAGAAACUCAAUGAAUUUUGGUGUAUGUAUAAAAGGGAGUAAUUACAGUUCUGAAGAAAGUGACUACUAUGGACAGUUGGUCGAGGUGUUGCGAUUGGAGUAUCCAGGGCUACCAAUUAAGCGGACUGUACUUUUCAAAUGUGAUUGGUUUGAUCCAACACCAAAUACGGGCACCAAGGUGCAUAGACAGUAUAGAAUUGUUGAUAUUAACAAUAAGCAUAGAUAUAGUAAGUACGAGCCAUUUGUAUUGGCCUCUCAGGCAACACAAGUCGUUUAUGCUUCAUACCCGAGCAAGCGUCGUGACAAAAAUGAUUGGUGGGCUGUGAUGAAAGUUAAAGGUAGACCCGUUGUUGAAGUAUCUCAAACAUCUUCAAAGACAUAUGAACCUUUUCAAGAAGAUGACCAAGAUUAUGCUGAAGUAAAUAUAGAUGAUAUUAAUCAACAACACUGCCUGAAUGAUUCUAGCGGAGGAAUGACUGAGAUUUAUGAUGACAUUUCGACAGAGGAAGACGAAUUCCUUAGUGACCCUGAUUUUGAUGCAGAUGCAGAUGGUGAUAAUGAGUUCAAUUCAUGUGAAUCAGACUAA